GACAUUUCGCUGUGCAUGUGAUUUGCAUAUCGGAUCAUGUAAAAUGCCAACUCUAAAGUGCCAAUGAUUGCAGAAAAUAGUCAGCUAGAGUCGUUAUCAAUCGGUAGUUUAUGUUGCUGUGUUUGUCUUGUUCUUUCUAAACCUGACCACACUGCGUCUGGUGUGGAGAGAGGAAUAGCAUACCGUAGAAAGUAGAAUAGAUAUGCAGUAGCAACAACAAGCCUUGGCUCGUGUGAGAUGAUGGGAUUUUUAUUUUAUUUUAAUCAAAUCUAACCAAAAGCUUCAAUUGCUACCUGCAGAAGCAGACAAAAUGUUGUUUAUAGAAUAGCACACCAGACAUCGUUGGUUUGCAGCCUCUGGUUUUACCCACACCCUUUCUGUUCAGAUAUAUAACACAUCAGAGAAAAUGGCGGAACUUGAGAAGGAAGGACUGACCCAAACAAUGCAGGAGAACCAAGAUGAAGAUGAACCCCAUUAUACUGAUGACGCUAAGACAAGCAAGAUGCAAGACGACGCAAGUUUCGAGGAAAAGCUCAUUGAAGAGGUCAGAAGGUACAACAAUUUGUACAACGCCUCAAUGAAAGACUAUAAAGACUUCACAAUAACCAGCAACAGCUGGAAGGAGAUAGCCCAAACUCUGAGAGUAGAAGAACAGAUUUGCAGAACGAAAUGGAAGAAAUUGAGAGACCGAUAUGUCAGACUGAGGAGGAAAAUGAAGGGGAAGAGUGGGGAUGCAGCAUCAGGAAUACAACCACAAAUACUCACCACGCUGUCCUGGCUGUCUGGCUUCAUUAAACACAAGGAGACGAAGUCAGACUAUCCACAGGCAGAGGAGAUGGACACCUCAGAAGACCUGCAAGAUGACAACCUGAUCGAGCGGGAACACUUCCACAGUUCUAAUAAUGAGCAGCAAGAUGGACAUUUGGUAGUUAGGAGGAAUGUAAUAUUAGAACGAACAAAAUUCAACCAAAGACAACAAGAAGCAGGAGAGACAGCUGAUGAUUUUAUCACUGCACUUCAUUGUUUGUCAGAACAUUGCGGUUAUGGAGCUCUGCUCAGUGAGAUGAUAAGAGACAGACUAGUCGCAGGCUUACUUGACAGAAGACUGUCCAAGCAAUUACAAAUGGACCCAGAACUCACACUGGAUAAAGCUGUCACACGCAUUCGUCAAAAUGAACUUGUGGAAAAGCAACUGGACCUGCCGGAGAAUAACUUCAAAGCUGCCAGCAGAAGAGAAAAUGAAGGCUGUGUGCCUUCAUAUCGAAAGCAUCAAUGCCCAGCCAAUGUCCAGUGCCAAUCAGAAAAGAAGAAUCAAAACUCAGAAAGGCUACAACAACCCCAAACAACACAGGAGAAGGAAGAGGAGCCCCUAGAUACUGAUGACACUGAUGGCUUCAGUCCUGGAGGAGAAAAGCCUCACUACUGCGCCUACUGCAGUAGGAGCUUUCAAAAAGUGAGGGAUCUUAUAAGACACCGACGAACACAUACUGGAGAGAAGCCUCACCACUGCCCUGAUUGUGACAGAAGUUUUGCUCGAUUAGAUAAGCUUAAAUUACACCAACAAACACAUACUGGAGAGAAGCCUCACCACUGCCCUGAUUGCAACAGAGGUUUUGCUCGUUUAGAUAAGCUUAAGUCACACCAAAAAAAACAUGCAAAAGACAAACAUAUUUGUCACUCUUCUGACUGUGUGAAAAGUUUUGUCCUAUUGGAGAAGCUUGAAAAACACCAGCUGGAGAAUACCUUCAAAGCUACCAGCAGUGCAUCCAAUGUAGACUGGGUGCUCACACAGCAGAGAACAUUCAGCAAAGUAAGAGAGAGUAAAAGGCAGCAGAGUAAAGUACGAGCUAGAGCUCCAGGAAAGAGAACACCAACACAUAGCAAAACAGUACAGGAGAAGGAAGAGGAGCCCCUAGAGACUGAUGAUUCUGAUGAUUGGAUUGAGGGUUUCAGUCCUGGAGGAGAGAAGCCACACUACUGCUUUGACUGCGGUAAGAACUUUAGAAAAGUGAGGGAUCUUAUAAGACACCAGCGAACACAUACGGGAGAGAAACCUCACCACUGCCCUGUUUGUGACAGAACUUUCGCUAGAUUAGAUAAACUUAAAUUACACCAAGAAAUACAUACAGGAGUGAAGCCUCACCACUGCCCUGAUUGUGAGAAAAGUUUUGCUCGAUUAGAUAAUCUUAAAUUACACCAAAAAAUACAUAUUAAAGAGGAACAUAAUGUCACACUGAAUCAUCAAACUGAAAUGAAUGUAGACUGUGUGCACACACAGCAGGGAACAGCCAGCAGAGGCAGGCAGAAGAGUAAAAUGCGAGCUAGUGCACCAGGGAAAAGAAUGGUCCAGUCACAGCCAGGCAAAGACUCCCCUUACAAAAGUUCAGUUCGAAAGAAUCAACACUCAGAAAAUUUGCAACAACCCCAAACAACGCAGGAGAAUGAAGAGGAUCCUGAAGGUACUUCUGAUAACUGGACCGAGAGUUUCAGUACUGUAGAGAAGCCAUACAUCUGCUCCGACUGUGGUAAGAGCUUCAGACUAGAGAAUCGUCUUAUAAGACAUCAGCGAACACAUACAGGAGAGAAGCCUUACGACUGCCCUGACUGUGACAAAAGUUUUGCGCGAUUAGAUCAUGUUAAGUCACACCAAAAAACACACAUGAAGGAGGAACGUAAUUUCCACUGCUCUGACUGUGUGAAAAGCUUUGUCCGAUUGGAACAGCUUGAAAAACAUCAGCUAACACACAAGAAAAGUUAUACCUGUUCAAAGUGUGAGGAAAGGUUUUCAGACCUGGUUGACUGGAAAGCACACUUUUUAGUACACAGAGAGAUCCUCCACUGUCCUGACUGUAACAAGCAGUUCUUGUACAAGGGACUUUUUGAAAGACACAGGAGAACACAUUUGAGAAAAAGAGAGAAAUUUCUCUGCACAAUAUGUGGGAAGGAGAUUCACAACUUUAAAAUACACAUGCGAGUACACACUGGAGAGAAACCAUAUCACUGCACUGAGUGUGGGAAGAGUUUUGCAUAUACAAAAUCGUACAAAACACAUAUAUUAACACAUACCUCUGGAGAAAGAGCAACCUAUCCUUGUUUGGAAUGUGGAAAGACAUUUACUCGCAUAGAUGGCAUGGUGAGACACGUGAGGAGGGUUCAUACUGGAGAGAGAAAUCAUCAAUGCGGAGACUGUGGAAAAAGAUUCUUUCGAAAAGAGUCACUGAAGAGACACAGUCUAGUUCACACUGGAGAGAAACCAUACCAAUGCUCUGUCUGUGGGCAACGCUUCUCCCAAGAUGGCGACAGAAAACGGCACGAGAAGAGGCACUACUCUGGUGUCUCAGAUUUCCUCGAUCUAUAAUGCAGAAGUGGUGUUUGGCAUUGCAGGAACCCACCUAAUGUGAUUUCUAACCAGUUGUUUUUUUGCCUCCAGGUGGCCUGGAAUUGCCACCACAGACUGUAAAAAAGACAGACUGUUGCUGAUACGCAACAAGUCUGAGUAUUACAGUUUUCAUAGCAGUAUAUUUUUUACAAUUAUUUUAAAUGUGUUUUAAUAUUUUGUUUCAAAAAGGCAUAGUAUACUAUCAAUAGCAGUCAUCGUUAAAUGAUGGGCCUUCCCCAUAAGUGGUUUGCAGCCAGCUAUAUUGUAUUAAAGAUGAGAAUUACAGAUCUAUAACACACAUUUAUGUGAAUUUGGUCGGGUCGCCUAAGAAGUUACAUACUGCAGCUUUAAUGUUGAUAUUUUGAUUAUCAGGUGGGCCACACGCUACUUUAAAAUAAUGCCUAUGAAAGGUUCCCAACUACAACCUUCAGCGAGUGUAUACGUUUGCCUGAAAUGUGCUCUUAAGCUGCAGAGGUCAAACAAUUUCUUCAGCUGGCUGCCACCUGUGAGGUAUCAGCGACCCAGAGUUAGGGCAGGGCGGGCAUCUACAGAUCAAAUGCACCACUGAACGCUACAGACAAAACCCAAUAACUUGCCUGGCUACCCAUUUACAUCGAUCCAGCCAACUGACGUUUCUUCUCCACUAUGAGUCUGCAUUUGCCUUAGAUUUCUAGAAUACAAACACCAUUAUGACCGUUCUGAUUGGUCCCAGAAAUCAAUGGGUUGGCCCAGCGCCAGCCUCCAUGAUGAUGUUAUCACUUUUGAUACUUUGCAUGGAUAAGAUUUGUUAGACUAUCUAAUCGCUGUACAAAACAAAUUCAUCAAUGCUCCUCAUUUUGAAGUCGCACAAACGACUUCUAGGAUGGCAGUGCCUUCAGAAAGUAUUCAUACCCCUUGACUUAUGCCACAGUCUGUUGUGUUACAGCCUGAAUUCUAAAUAGAUUUUUUUCCUCACCCAUCUACACACAUUACCCCAUAAUGAGUGUGAAAACAUGUUUUUUGAAAUGUUAGCAAAUGUAUAGAAAAUGAAAUACAGAAUUGACACCCCUUUCAUAUGACCAUCCAAAUUGAGUUCAUGUGGAUCCAAUUUCCUUCGAUCAUCCUUGAGAUGUCACUACAACUUCAUUAGAGUCCACCUGUGGCUUUAUAUAGACAGGUGUGUUUCUUUCGAAAGGUCCCACAGUUGUCAGUGCAUGUCAGAGCAGAAACUGUACCCUGAAGUCCAAGGAACUGUCCAUAGAUCUCAGAGAGAAUUGUGAUGAUGCAUAUAUCCAGGAAAGGGUAUCGUAUAAAACCAUUUCUAGAGUGUUGAAAGUUUCCAAGAGCACAGUGGUCUCCCUCAUUGGGAAAUUGAAAAAAUGCGGAACUACCCAGACUGCCUAGAGCUGGCCGUCCGACUAAACUGAGCAACCGGGUAAAAAGGACCUUGGUCAGGGAGGUGACCAAGAAUCCAAUGACCAUUCUGAAAGAACUAGAGUUCCUUGACUGAUGUGAAAAACAUGUCAGAAGGACGACAGUCUGUACAGCACCACCAAUCUGAGAUUUACGGGAGAGUGACCAGACAGAAGCCACUCCUUGAGAAAAAGGCACAUGACAGCACCCCUGGAGUUGCAGAAAAGUAUGAACGACUGAAAGAAUAAGGCAAAAGAUUCUGUGGUAUGAUAAGAUCACUUUUACUCUUUGGCCUGAAUGCAAAGCGCUAUGUCUGGAGAAAACCAGGCACAACUCAUCACUCGUCUAAUACCAUCCCUUUUGUGAAGCAUGAUAAUGGCAGCAUCCUGCUAUGUGGAUGCUUUUCAGUGGCAUGGACUGGGAGACUGGUAAGGAUGGCGGGAACAAUGAAUGGAGAGAUACAGGCAGAUCCUUGAUGAGAACCUGCUUCAGAGUGUAAACAACCUUAGACUGGGGUCCAACAGGACAAUGACCCCAAGCAUACAGCCAAAGCAAUGCUGGAAUGGCUUCAGAACAAGACUGUGAAAGUCCUUGAGUGGCCCAGACUUGAAUCCCAUUGAAAAUCUGUUGAAAUACACCACCACUCCCCAUCUCACUUAACAGAGGUUGAGAAAAUCUGCAAGGAAGACUGGGAGAAAACCCAGAUGUGCCACGCUGAUACAGACAUACAUGACUAAAAGAUGGAAUCGCUGCCAAAGGUGCUUCUACAAAGUAUUGCCUCAGGGGUGUGAAUUAUGUAAAUUAGAGAUUUAAUUUUCAAUACAUUUUUAAAAACAUGUUAUCACUUUUGUCAUUUUGGGUAGAUGGGUGUGAUUUUUUUUAAAUUGUUGAAUUCAGGCUGUAAUACAAUGUGGUCAAGUGGUAUCAAUACUUUCUGAAGCCAAUGUAUGUAGUGAUGAACAGAGCAGCAGAAUUAGGUUCAGGGUGUCGUCAGGCAACCCAUACCUUCAUUAGUUAGGCUUUUAAACGUCACUCGAUGGGGAAGAGGUUCACAGUUAAGAGGUUUCUGCUUUUAAUCAUGUUCUUAUUUGUAUAUUGUUAUUCCCACUAUGUAAUACAAGCUGCAUUGCAAACUAGAAUUUUGAAUAAAAGAUAAGUAGGAGAGACUCUU